AUGAAUUAUUAUCGACGAUUAUUUAUUAUUUGCUUAUUAUUUCUAACGAUUGAUAUUAUCUAUGCCGAUAGGCGACCACAACCAAAACGUGUAACAGCUGAACGUGAUUCUGAUUUAUCUCUUUCAUGUACAUUUCAAGAUGAAGACAGUGAUAAAACUAUUGUUCAAUGGCUUUAUCAAAAUUUAACUGAUUCAAAUAUUAAUCAUCGUACACAUAAAACACAUUGGCGACCAUUAUUUCUCAAUGAUCAAUCAUUAACACCAAGUGAAACACGUUAUAGUAUUCAACAAAAAAUUCAACAAAUUAAUGAUACUUCUAUAGCUUAUUCAACAAUAUUAACAUUAUCAAAAGUUAAUGAAUCUGAUGAAGGUCUUUAUAUGUGUAAAUCACUUUCACCAAAAACAAUACAAAUGGCUUAUCAAGUACGUGUGAUACAUAGUCUUGAUAUUCAUUCGAAAGAAGUACUCAUAUCACCUGAUGAAUCUGGUCAAUAUUCCAUACGUUUAAGUUGUAUAUUAACAGAUAGUCAUUUAGAACAACGUCAUUAUGAUAUUCAUUGGUGGCAUAAUAAUAAACGAAUUAAUACAAAUUCACAUCGACAUACACGUAUAGUAAAAAAUUUUACUCAACAUUCAUUUAUAUCAACAUUAUUUUAUACGGAUGAACCAGCUAAUAUUGCUGGAAUUUAUAUAUGUGAAACAGAUCCAAUAAGAAAAUAUAUUCCAGUUGAAUUUAAAUCAAAUCAAAGUUCAGGUAUUUAA